AUGAAAAUUCUAUAUAUAAUAUUAGGGUAUCCUAUUAACCAUUCAAAUUCAAAGUGCGAUGAAUUAAAAUACAACAAUAAGUAACUUGCUACUAAUUCACACAACAGUGUUAUAUUUUAGAAGGAAAUGAAGAAGAUUAUUAAUAACUUCAACACAUCAAUACUCAAAUUGUAGAAAAGUCAUUCUAAAUUCCAUAUGAAGAAGACCCAAUUUUAAUAAGAGUCAUCAAUUAUUUGA